AUGGCUAUCAAGGUGCCCACCAGUGGCCCCCUCGCACACAUUGCGCACCACUACAAUAACACCACCCUCCACCGCACAGAUGCUCAAAUCCUGAAGGAGAAGACCAUCGGCCUUGGUCCCCUGAGCAUGCCCUACAAUCGCUGGCUCAUGUUCCCCGCCGCCUUCAUCUUCCAGGCCAUCUGCGGUUCCCUCUAUGCCUGGUCCGUCUUCAAUGACCCCAUCGACAAGGAGCUCUACGGAUUCACCCUCAACGCCAAGCAAAAGGAGGUCGCCAACAAGCACAACGCGUCCAUCACCUUCUACAUCGCGGUCGGUUUCUUCGGUCUCUCUGCUGCCAUCAAUGGUCCCUGGUUGGAGCGUGCUGGUCCUCGCAAGGCUUCCUUGGUCGGAACUACUCUCUUCUUGAUCGGUAACAUGAUUGCCACCAUCGGUAUUCACUUCAAGAUUAUUGGUCUUAUCUACUUUGGAUAUGGUGUUAUUGGAGGCUCUGGACUCGGUCUUUGCUAUAUCUCUCCCGUCUCUGCUCUUCAAAAGUGGUUCCCUGAUCGCCGUGGUGUCGCUGCCGGUUUUGCCGUCUGUGGAUUUGGUGCUGGCUCGAUUGUCUUCGCCAAGGUCCCUCUCCCUCUCGCCAGCGAAAUUGGAUUGACAAAGACCUUUAUGACCUUGGGAUUCGCCUACUUUGCUGUCAUGUUCAUCUGCUGCAUGGUUUUCCGUGUCCCCCCUCCCGGCUUUCAGGUCAACGGCAUGGACAUGUACCGCAACAAGGUCGACGCCAACGGAGACAUCGAGGCCUUCAACACCGACAAGACCGCCAACAACGUCCGCAACCCUGCCGCCUCGCUUCCCUUGAUCGACUCUAUUUUCUCGAGCGAGUACCGCCUUAUUUACCUCAUGUUCUUUGGUAACUCCAUUGCCGGUCUCGUCUUUCUCUCUCGUCUCGCGAACAUUGUCACCGAUAUCUUUGGCAAGGACACCAACACCGCUACCACCAUCGUCUCCAUCAACGGUGGCUUUAACUUGGCCGGUCGUCUCUUCUUCUCUACUGCCUCGGAUAUCUUGGGCCGCAAGAACUGCUACAUUGUCAUGUUGACCUGCCAGGUCAUCAUUCUCGCCUCGCUCCCCACCAUCAUGGCCGUCAAGAACUAUCCCGCCUUCUUGGCCGUCAUCUGGAUUUUGACUGCUUGCUACGGAGGUGGUUUUGGAGCUAUCCCUGCCUUCCUCUGCGACAUGUUCGGACCCACCAACAUUGGAGCCCUUCACGGAAUCAUUCUCACUGCCUGGGCUAUUGCCGGUGUCGGUGGUGGUCUUCUCUUCACCGCCGUCUACAACAACUUGAUCGCCAACGGAUACACCGUCAAUGAUUCGUGGAUCUACUCCAAGAACUUGUACUGGAUUCUCGGAGUCGCAUCCAUCGGCUUCAUCUUCAUCAUGUUUGUCCGCACCAACAUCCGCGACCGUCUCUUGCCCAAGGCCGAUGGCGAGUUCACCCGUAUUCGUAUCUUUGGCAAGUUCAUCCGCAUUGGCUCCUUUGGUAUCAAGCCUCUCAGCAAGGAUGAGGAGGACAGGGAGUGGGAUGAGUAUGUCGAGUCUGCCUCUCAGACCACCCCUUCCAACAUGCACGAGGUCAAGGGUGCCCAGCCUGUUGCCCUCGAUAACAAGGAUAUCCCCGGCAAGAUGGAGCUUUAA